AAUCACGAAUAUGGCGGAUACGGAGACGAGCCACGUCGUAAAAGAGAAGACAAUAACAAGCCGAAUCACGUCCUCCUCUUCACAAUUAUCAAUCCAGUUUACCCCAUCACUGUGGAAGUGUUGCACACGAUCAGUGCACCCAGCGGGCAGGUACAACGCAUCGUAAUCUUCAAGAAAAACGGCGUGCAAGCCAUGGUUGAGUUCGACUCGGUGGAUUCAGCAACCAGAGCAAAAGAGACGCUACAUGGAGCAGACAUAUACUCCGGCUGCUGCACACUAAAAAUUGACUUCGCAAAGCCGACAAAGCUCAACGUCUACAAGAACGACGCCGAGAGCUGGGACUACACAACCCCGACGCUGGGAAUGAGGAAGAGACGGGCGCGUUAUGGUGAGACAAAUCACACCGGGAAGUUCCUGAUCCCGAUCAAGAUCGGUGACCGAACGAGAAAGUGAUUAACGAGCCCGGCCGAAAGUUUCGACGCAAACUAACACCUCCCAUUCGAGCUUAAAUUUGUAGCUUGUCCGGCCGACAUCACAGUACAUCUCCGUCAGACCAUUCAAUCAGUCAAUCAUUCAAAUUCUUUACUCGAUUUUUUUU